AUGAGCACAGUGAAAUCAUUCAUACGGAUAUGUCCCCUCAAGGCAACUUUCACGCACACACGAUUCCAUCUCUCCCUUCGAACCGUUAAUUCACCCGUGAUAUACCAUCGACUUCUCCUCUUUAGGAUCAACAAGCCAGAAGAAUGCACCUCUCCUACAAGCGAAGCUGGCCCAUCAUGGAAGGCGCCUGAGCUGUAUUGUAUGGAGGAGACCUGUCCUCAUUUGGGAGCUCCCCUGAGUCAUGCUGAAAUAAAAGAUAUUGAGGAUACGAAAGCGAUAGUGUGUCCUUGGCAUCAGUAUGAUUUCGAUUUGAAGGACGGUUCUAGCUCUACCGGACUACAGGCAUGUACUUAUGAAGUGCAGGUGAAAGGCGUGGAAGAAGACGCAGAAGUAUGGGUAGAAGCACCACAUGCUUCUUCGUCAGCUUCGAAACGAGAAUGGGAGUUGGUUGAGAUGAGAGGUGUAAGCGAAGAAUUUCUGGAUCCUCCUAUGCCAUCUCUUUCAAGACUUUCCUUAUCUGAGGGACUUGAUCAAACAUCACGCCCAUCCUUCCCAGCGUCAGGUGCUAUCUUGCCUGAGCAACUUCCGAACACCUUAUUAGGCUUUGCCCAUCUCAUCUUACGCACGAGUAACCCUGAAUUGAAAUGUCUUCUUACAAGAGAAGCGGUGACGAGACUUCGAGCUGGGAGAUUGAAAUCAAUCAGGCCGACAACAGGCGACAUUAAGAGGGAAAGGGAGAAGGAAGGUGGUUUGAUACAUGAACCUCCUAGAGAAGUGGAUGCGAUAGCUCCUGGGAAAGUACCGAAACGGGGUAAGGGUGGAUCGGAGAAAUCUCGCAUAUUGAUGUUACACGCUUUAGCAAAUAUCGAACAAUAUGCUAUUGAUUUAGCGUGGGACAUAAUAGCUAGAUUUGCGGAUUUCGCAACAAACAGCGGUGAAAGAUUACCUAUAGAAUUCUUCUUAGAUUGGGCAAAAGUAGCUGAAGACGAAGCAAAACAUUAUACAUUACUUGCCAGGAGGCUGGUGGAAUUGGGAUCGUAUUUUGGCGCACACUCGGUUCACGCGGGAUUAUGGGAAUCGGCUACUCAAACUGCAGAUUCACUCUCAGCUAGAAUAGCUAUCAUACAUCUUGUAGCUGAGGCAAGAGGAAUAGAUAUGAAUCCUUUGACACUGGCUAAGCUUCAGGCUGCAGGAGACGAAGAAAGUAGUAGAGUUCUGGAAAUCAUUCAUGCUGAUGAGAUUACACAUGUUACAACCGGACAUCGAUGGUUCACUUGGUUAUGUCAGAAACAAGGCGUAGAUCCAAUAAUCACAUUCCGAGCAGAAGUGUUCGCCAAUUUCAGAGGCAAAAUCAAAGGCCCUUUCAAUGCUGCAGAUCGAUUAAAAGCUGGCUUGACGCCUGACUUUUACGAAGACCUUUCAGGCGGAUUAGGCUUCAACGUGACUAACGGGAAGCUGAAAGAGGCAGAUGGAGAUGAACAUAUUCAUCCUAGAUUGACAUAA